CUGAAAACUUCGAAUGCGUUUUCUGAAAGCGGAAGGAUUCGACUGUAGCACCACAUAUGUCGGACGUAGGGUAGUAAAGCUCAUCCAUCUUGAAAGUAAGGCAAACUAUUGACGCAAUUCUGCCGCGUUGCGCCAUCAACGCCGAGUUUUCUCUUUGCGACGUGCACAUCUCAACGCACCGCCGCACACUCUUCACCUCGCGAACGGGCCAACUCACCGAACGAGUGGCUUUCUGCAGCUCACCUCAUCGAGACACUUGCAAAUACCCGACUCUACCGCUAUAAAGCACCAGAGCCUUCAACAAGAAAUCACAAUGAAUCGAAUCCAGGGAUCCAAACCAAGACUGAAACCCACCAACCCCAAGGCAAAACUCCCCAGCAACCCAAAACCAACCACCACACAACCCCCAUCAUCAUCAUCAUCAUCAUCAAAUCUUCUCAUCCUCCAACAAUCCCAGGACCCCCAAUCACUACCGGCCACCAAAACCACUCCCUCACCAUCAUCAAACCCCUCAGACCCCACAACUCCCUCCUCCCUCCUCCCUAUUUUAACGCCCGCCCUCGAGAUCCUCUCCCGUUUCCACCACCGCAACAAGAACCAGCACCGCCUGUCAAAAUGGUGGGCCGAGGCCGACAUGCUGCGGCGGCAUCUGCGCAAGCUGAUUGAGGCGGCGAACGAGUGGUGUGAUAAGGAGCCGGAACGAGAGGGGAAGAGGAGGAAGGAGGAGGCGAGGAGGAAGAAGAAGGAAAAAUAUGAACGGUUGGGAAGGGUCGAGAAGAAACAGGAUGGGGUGGGGCAGAAAGGAGGAGAGGAAGAGGUUAAAGGGGAAGAUAGAGAAGAAGAGGAGGAGGAGGAGGAUAGGGAGGCCAGGGAGGUUAGACUGAGGGCGGAGUAUUUGAGGGGGAAACUAGGGCCUAGAGCUUAUUUCGCCUUCAGCCAACUAUCCGCCGACAGACAAUUCGCCCACCUAGGUCUGAUGCUCCUAGGCGUUCUAGCCCAGGUAGACAAGGCACUUUCAGCAUUCGCCUCGGUUCCAAUCGACGAAAACGACGACGCUGCCGCCGACGAAGCGGCAGAAGACAGGGGCCCAAAUCUCAACGCUACAGUCAUGGGUCAGUUAGCAGACGAGGUGCCUAAUCAACGGCACAAUGACAUCGGCGUAGCGGUGUCGAGGGAAGAGUUACUUGCUAUGAUGUCGGAAUCCACCACCGCAUCCGGACCAACGGAUGGCAGCUUGGCGAGAAGCGAUGCUCGAGAUCAUCCACUGCCCACCACCGAGACUGACUCCGGAGCAGCACCACCACCAGUAACAGGAGAGAACAGACAGGGCAAGAAUAAGAGCGAGAAGAAGAAGAGACCAAGGGACGAUGAGGAUGAUAAGAACGACGAUGAGGAUAAGGAUGACUUCUCUUCCGGACCGACACCACCAGUAUCCGAGCAGAAAAAGAAAAAGAAAAGGAAGGCAGGAGAUGACGGGACCGACAUUGAUGACAUCUUUGCUUCGUUUGACAAGCCCAGCCAGAGAAAGAAGAAAGAUAAAGCGGAGAAAUCAGUUGUAGCUUCAAAGACCACAACCGUCACAACCUCGAUAGCAACAGCUACAACAACAACCACGAAGGUGAAAACGACAACCGACUCAUCGGUACCAACUACAACUACAACAACAACAACAACGCCAGCAGAAGCCGAAACACAACAUGGCAAAGACGAUCUUGACGACAUUUUCGCUUCCCUCGAAAAGCCCAAAAAGAAAAAGACAAAGGUCAAGAAGACGGAUGACCUAGAUGACAUAUUUGCCUCGUUCGACAAGCCCAAAACGAAGAAGAAGAAAAAGAAGGCGGGGGCGGGAGCGGGAGCGGACGAGUUUGAUGAUAUCUUUGGGGGGUUAUGAAAAGGCGCUGCAUAGUUGACUAGGCACCUACGUAGUAUACUCACUCGCCUGUUAUUGUUGGUGAUGGGUAUACCAGGUUUGUAGACACGAACGAGUAGCUCUGGAUUGCUUCAAGUACAGUUACCAAUUCGAUGCAUCUUGAGGUUUUGUUUGUUUCAAAGGCUACAUGGUCAUCGAUAAGUGCUCGGUCCUUGCAUUUGCCUCUCCCUUCUGGUUUUCUCAUAGCAAUACUAUAUCUAUAUACUACACCACCACGCUGUC